AUGUACCUCGUGCCAAGGUUUCUGACAGGUCUGGCUAUCGGUGGACUCGUCAUGCUUGUGCCCCUUUGGCAGAGUGAGGUUGCGCCCCCUCAUGCUCGUGGACUCCUCGUUGGCCUUCAUGGUGUUUCAAUCUUGGUUGGAUACUCAUCAUCGGCUUGGGUCGGAUUCGGCUUUUACUUCGUCAACGCAGACGGAGCUCAGUGGCGUCCUCCGUUGGCCAUACAGUGCUUGCCUCCUCUCAUCCUAGCAUGUGGUGUCUACUUUAUUCCCGAGUCUCCACGAUGGCUUAUCGACAACGAUCAGCACGAAAGAGCCGAGGCCAUUUUGCAGCAUAUCUACGGAGACUCGAGUGAUCCCAACAACCAUGCAGCUCGGGCUGAAUUUGCUCAGAUCUCCGCUCAGGUAGAGCUUGAGCGUCACUUGCCAUUAUCUUGGGCUUCCCUUUUCACAGUCCCUCAUUAUCGAAAAAGGGCCUUGAUUGGUUUCACAACUCGCCUUGCCGGCCAACUUACGGGAACGACCGUCAUCAGCAACUAUGGACCUUCACUGUAUGCGGCUCUUGCGCAUGGUGCUUCUGCUAGUCUCGCACUCUCGGCUGGAUGGCUGACGGAAGGACUUGUCUGCAACGCCAUCAAUGCCGUCCUCCUUCACUACGUUGGAAGGAAAUGGCUGAUGGUUACCGGUCUCAUUGGCUGCGCCAUUUCACUUCUUGGUGUAAGCAUUAUGGUUGCUCUUUAUGGUGGCACGACAAAUAAAGGAGGCAAUUCGGCUGGUGUUUUCAUCUUAUAUCUGCACCUUACCUUUUAUGCCACCUGCAUGGAUGCUUCGACUUAUGUCUACGGCUCUGAGAUCUGGCCUACCCAUCUUCGCGGAAAGGGAUUUGCCAUACUAAAGUCAGAAUUGAAGGAAUUGUGUUAA